UACAACAUGUCGUCGCCUCGGUUUUUUCUUCUUCUUCUUCCACUUUAGUUUUGCGUGUCUUCUGCUUUGUUGAUAUAUUUCUUUUAACAGAUCAUGUCUUUUGCUUCGUAUCGCCUCAGAGAUCCGGGCGGAACUUACACCUUCUCCAGUCGCCCGAGAGCCGUGGAGAACCGCUCCAAAGCUCCGCAACCAGAGGCACUCAGAAAUUAUGGAAACAUCAUGUAUGACCGUCGUGUCGUCAGAGGAAACACUUACACGCAGCACAUCUUACCCACUACAGCUCAGGCGAACGCCGCUGAAUCCCAGAGGCAGCAGGAGCUCAGGAGGAGAAACGUUGCUCGAAAACGUGACACAAGCAGACUCCAGACUCCUGACGCCCUGCAGGGCAGGACGCACAUCCACGUACAAACAGAUCUUUAUCUUGAAGAACUGAGUGACGCGAUCGUGGCCACAGACAACGAGUGUCAGACCGAUGCUUUCCUGGACAAACCAGCGACGCCUCUCUUCAUCCCCGCCAAAACCGGCAAAGACGUCGCAACGCAGAUAGAGGACGGAGAGCUGUUUGACUUUGACAGGGAGGUGCAGCCGGUGUUGGAGGUGCUGGUGGGGAAGACGAUGGAGCAGUCUUUGCUGGAGGUGAUGGAGGAGGAGGAGCUGGCCUGUCUGAGGGCGCAGCAGAGGGCCUUCCAAGAGCUGCGGAAUAACGAGCUGGCAGAGGUGCAGCGGCUACAGGAGCAGGAGAGACGGCGCAGCGAGGAGAAAAAGCGCAGAGUGGCACAGCAGAGGGAGGCGCUGCAGAAAGAGAAGGAGACUGCGGAGAAAAUUGCUGCCCGCGCCUACACGCAGCAGUACUUAACCGAUCUCCUACCUGCUGUCUUCAGCUCGCUCACAAACCACGGCUUCUUUUAUGACUCUGUGGAGAAAGAUAUUGAGACAAAUCUCUUCCCGUGGCUGAUGACAGAGGUGAACAGUCGUCUGGAGAGGAGGCACACAGCGAGACACCUGCUGGACAGUAUAAUCCACGAUGUGGCUCAGAUGAGAGUGGAGCGCUUCGACGAGCUGGAAACACAACCAGAGAAAUGUGACGAAUAACUGUUUCUGUUUAUGAUCUCACUUGUUUUUAUUGUUACUGUGUGCACUUUGAGAUCAGUUUCACGAUGUAAAGUGCCUUAUAAAUAAAAUGUACUAUUAUUAUUGUUAUUAUCGUCAGAGAGGAGUCAGAGGCAUCAGUGUACUAGAAAUCAAAAUCUCUCAUGAUUUGUUCUUUUCCUUCUAUAAAUGACAUCAGUGUAAGUGUUGUGAGGAUUAUUCAACGUCAUUUCACGUCGGAUAACUAAUAUGAUUAUUCUUGUGAUUAUGUAACGUGUUCGGUUUUAAUUUGAAAGGAAAAAUGGGAGUUUUAAAAACCUGACGGGUCACACAAUAUAAUCCAUAAUAUUGUCUUUAUUAGAAAUCGAGUAAAAUGCAGUUCAUGCAAGAUUUUAAAUGUAUGUGAUGUUUUGUUGUUGGUGCGGAUCAUUUUAAUAUUAUAUGUAUUAAAUAUGUAUUUAAUGACUGACCCUGA